AUGAUUACUCAACUGUCUAACGAACUGCCUACGCUCGAAAUUGACACACAUCCGGAAAUAACUGCCGCUCUCUUGACAUGUAUCGCCGCUGGCUACAAACACCUGUUAAUAAGAACUCCCGAGGAUGGCAUUGGACGAGUUAAGAGUCUAGUGACUAACACGCUUUCAGCCCUCACAGCGCCCCUGAUCCAGCGAAUUCGAGCUAAAGAACACCAUACCCCAUUGUCCUUUCUACGGAGCAUUCUCAUCUCUCAAUCUGGUCAUAACCCCGAACACUCAUUCGUGAGCACUAUUCACGGCGCUCACCAUACUAAACCACAUUCCCCCGUUCGUUCUAAACAUCGAGCUGUGUCUCCAAUAUCCCCGCCUACUUCUCCCAGUCGCCCGUCUUCAUAUCCCAACGUACAGUCGCUCGAACUAACCCAACUGCGCCCGUCUAAUCAACUGCGACCGGUGUCACUUCCUCCAAGACGUAAACCAUCCGCGAUCCGUGUUCCCAAUGCAUUGGUUGUAUCUCAUUUAGAAGUGGCCAGUCGGGCCGUACAGCAGACGUUUGUCGACGUAUUAAAGUCGCGAAUCAUCAUUAUUGACAGUGACGCGGAUGACUAUGGGGAUACGAACAUUGGUGUCGGGCGAUGGAAUCUACCAGAUGAUUUUUUGCUAGUUUAUGUUCACUCAGGAGGACGGGAUGAUCGCGAACGUUCGCCUAUUAUUAAACCUUUGAUUGACGUGUUUGGGUAUAGUAUGACGAUCGUGUUGACCGACCAAGACCUAUCAUAUGGCGGUUCGCAGCAUCACCUCAUGUAUUCGUCCAUGCUAUCAAAAGAGAACAUCCAUCACAUGCUGAAAGCAGCAAAGGAAAUGCGAUUACCACUUCCUCUCCAAGUUUACGCGGCUUCACUCAUAUCCGCGGCGCGAAACCAUCACCAAUUAGAUGGAUCGUUCCUCACUCUCCGGGCCCAAAGAGACUUUGAAACCCUGCUCAAAGCAUCAACAGUCGUAUCUCGUGUGCUCGAUGCGAGUACCGAGUACGGACCCACGGCAGUAGAUGCCGCAAAACUAUUCAUCCGAGUUGUUACGCAUCGGUUACGAGUGCGUAAUGGACCACAAGAUGAGGCCCUUGGGCCGUUGCUCUGGGACGACGAGGACGAACGAGGGGCACGGUCACUCCCAAGCUUGGGUCUCGAAACCCUUGAGCAUUCACGGCGCUCAAUUUGUGAUAUUAUAGUUGAGGAUAUCUUAACUGCUGUUUAA